AUGAACGUGGCUUCCUCAGACGACGAGCACUACCUCCUGCCUGUGGACGAUGAGCAUCAAUACGAUGAUCUGGACGACGGAAUGUUGGCACUGAGCUUAGCUCUGACCCAUUUCUCCACUCAAGAGGACCGUUACAUCAGAGACCAUGAUUUGAAGGUCAGGGCGUUCGAGGCUCUUCAGGACGGCAAGGACAAAAACAGCAAUUCUGAGAAGAGUUCACAUGGAAAGCUGCUACACCGCCUGAGAAGACAUUCGGUGAUCGACUUGCCCGCUCAUCAUCCCCACCCUCUGGUGGCAACAAGAAGUAAACACUUACCAGGAAGCCAGCCUUCAGAUUACACCAACGCCUUGCCUGAGGAGUACCCCUCCAGCGAGCUUGUGGACUUGUACGAGAAGGUGAAGAUGUGCUUGGACAUGAGACACAAGUACAUGGAUUUGUCUCUUCAGAGAUGUGAGUUGGAUAACCCCAAGAACCACGAUAAGUGGGAUAUCUACCCUCCUCCUCCCAAGCCUACGUACAAGCUGAAGAACAAGUUUAACCAGCUUCCAGGCCAGGACGCGGAGGAGGAAGAUAUUGACAUGGACAAGUUCCCCAUGUCGGACCUUGAUGCUAACGAUAGGUACGAACUCAGGCACAACGACCAAGACGUGUACGAGGUCAUUGACAAAAGGACGGGCGAGCCAAUCUCCAGUGCGCCAUCUUUAAAAGAGUACUACACCGAUUUGAACAAGAUCGCCCGUAUCUCAUCCGAUGGUCCUAUCAAGUCCUUUGCGUUCAAGCGUCUCGAGUACUUGGAGACAAAGUGGAACAUGUACUACUUGCUCAACGACUUCGAGGAGAACAAGCAAUCCAAGCGUAAUCCGCACAGAGAUUUCUACAAUGUCAGAAAGGUCGACACUCAUAUCCACCACAGCGCUUGUAUGAACCAGAAGCACUUGUUGCGUUUCAUCAAGUACAAGUUGAAGACUGUACCCAACGAGCAAGUCAUUUUCAGAGAUGGCAAGCUUUUGACUUUGGAGGAGGUGUUCGACUCGUUAAAGCUCACCGCCUACGACUUGUCCAUCGACACCUUGGAUAUGCAUGCCCACACCGACACGUUCCACCGUUUCGAUAAGUUCAACUUGAAAUACAACCCAAUCGGCGAGUCCCGUUUGCGUGAGAUCUUCUUGAAGACCGACAACUUCAUCAACGGUAAGUACUUGGCAGAAAUCACCAAACAGGUUUUUGAGGAUCUUGAAAAUUCCAAGUACCAGAUGACUGAGUUGCGUAUCUCUAUCUACGGCCGUUCCUACGAUGAAUGGGACAAAUUGGCUCGCUGGAUCGUCAACAACAAGCUCUUCUCCCACAACGUGAGAUGGUUGAUUCAGGUACCUCGUCUUUACGACUUGUACAAGAAGAACGGCAAUGUGACCAAUUUCCACCAAAUCAUGGUGAACUUGUUUGAGCCCUUGUUCAAGGUGACUCUUGAUCCAAAGCUGAACCCUAACUUGCACAUCUUCCUCCAAAGAGUUGUUGGGUUUGACUCUGUCGAUGACGAGUCCAAGCCAGAGAGACCCAUCAACGCCAAGUACUUCCCUCCAGCUUCGGAAUGGGAUGGCAGCAAGAACCCGCCAUACUCGUACUACUUGUACUACUUAUACGCUGACUUGGUCUCCUUGAACAACUUGCGUUCUGCCUUGGGCUACAACACGUUUGUCCUCCGGCCUCAUUGCGGAGAAGCUGGUGACCCGGAGCACCUUAUUUCUGCAUUCUUGACCACCCACUCCAUCUCCCACGGUAUCAGGUUGCGGAAGCUUCCGUUCGUCCAGUACUUGUACUAUUUGGACCAAAUUGGUUUGGCGGUCUCGCCCUUGUCGAACAACGCAUUGUUCUUGACGUACGAUAAAAACCCGUUCUUCAGCUUCUUCAAGCGUGGCUUGAAUGUGUCGUUGUCCACUGACGAUCCUUUGCAGUUCUCCUACACCAAGGAGCCAUUGAUCGAAGAGUACUCCGUUGCAGCGCAGAUUUACAAGCUUUCAGGCGUCGACAUGUGUGAAUUGGCCAUGAACUCGGUGAAGCAGUCAGGCUACGAGGCCUCCAUCAAGAAGCACUGGCUUGGUAAAAACUACAUGAAGGGCGGUGUCGCUGGAAACGACAUUGAAAAAACGAACGUGCCCGAUAUUCGUGUAAGGUACAGAGACGAGACCCUCCAGAGCGAACUCAGUCUCGUGGAGUACUACACCUCGUUGAACAAGGAAAGGAUAUAG